UGCAAUCUGGCCAGGCCAUAAGACCACCGCCCUCUUUCUCGAUAAUGGCCGACGAUGGUAUGCUUCUGAACUUCUCCCUUGGAGAGAACAUCAAUACCAAAGCCCAAAAGUUCAAAGGUGGGUCCUGGAGAGAACGACUGCAAGCAAAGAGAACGGCUCAGCGAGGAGGGCAGAGAAAACCAAACGAUCCGAACAGUGUGCCCUUACAACCACGACCUCACCCAAAGGAGCAAGGAGAAGAGUUCCCAAAUCCUCGGCCGGCGAAGAGAAGGCGUGAAGAUGGAUAUACGCCAGCUUCAGGCGAAGUUGCAGGAAAUCCCCAGAAGCCCGUUGAGCAGAAAGCCUGGAAAGGACCACGCGAAGUCAUAUCUUCUCUCUUCACCUACAACCCGAAGCCAGUGUCGACAGUAGACAAGGAGAAAGAGAAGGAUGCAGAAGACACACCUGCAGCGCCUUCAAACGCACCUCUCGUGGACGGCAUCGACACGUUUACAUCUCUCGGCUUGUCCCCUACAGUUGCUGCCCACCUCCUGACGAAGAUGAACCUGAAGAACCCCACGGCCAUCCAGAAGGCAGCCGUAUCCCAAAUGCUCAAAGAAGCAAACGACGCAUUCAUACAGUCAGAAACCGGUUCGGGCAAGACCUUAGCAUAUCUUCUCCCCGUCGUACAGCGCAUCAUCACCAUGUCCGAAUCGCAAAAAGGCGCCCACGAUCCAGCCCUACACCGCGAUUCCGGCCUUUUCGCAAUUAUCCUCGCACCAACCCGAGAACUAUGCAAACAAAUUUCCGUGGUCCUCGAACGUCUACUGGGCUGCGCACACUACAUCGUCGCCGGCACUGUCAUCGGUGGGGAGAAGAAAAAAUCCGAAAAGGCACGCCUGAGGAAAGGCCUGAACAUCCUCGUCGCCACCCCGGGCCGCUUAGUCGACCAUCUCGAGCACACCAAGGUCCUCGACGUAAGCAAUGUACGCUGGCUCGUCCUGGACGAGGGCGAUCGUCUCGUGGACCUCGGCUUUGAAGAGGAUAUCACCAAGAUUGUCAAGACUCUAGACCAAAAGAAGCGCAAAAGUGCCCGGCCGGGCCUUCCUGAUCAUCGCACGACCGUCCUUUGCUCAGCGACGCUGAAAAUGAAUGUACAGAAACUCGGCGAGAUCAGUCUCAAAGACGCCGUCCUCAUCAAGGGCGAUUCGGACGGCAACGAAGAAACCAACGAGAGAGGCUCAGAAUUUCUAGCCCCCGCACAACUCAAACAGUCCUACCUCGUCGCAGCCUCGAAGUUGCGUCUGGUGACGUUAACGGCCCUUCUCAAGCGAACAUUCGCGCGCAAAGGCUCCGUGAUGAAGGCCAUCGUUUUCGUGUCGUGCGCUGAUUCCGUCGAGUUCCAUUAUCGAGUCUUUUCCCGACUUCUGGAUGAUGGUUCUGGUGACUCUCUGACUACCGAAAAGACCACAAAAUCUACCUCUGUUGUUACAUCUUCUGACUCAGACUCCGAUCCCGACCCUGACAGCAAACGCGCGCCAUCCACCUCAAACCCCCUCAAUCCUUCCUCUGACGCCACAAAGCCUGCCUCUAAAAGUCUAGCUAUCGACCCCAGCGCGGACGCGAUAUCCCCAUCCCCGAUGCUCUCCACCCCGGCCAACCCUAUAACCUUAUACAAACUGCACGGCUCCCUCCCUCAAGCCACGCGGACGAGCAUAGUCCGACACUUCGCGUCCACGACAACCCCAUCCCUCCUGAUCGCCACGGACGUCGCAUCACGCGGUCUCGAUCUCCCCAACCUCGAUCUGGUGAUCGAAUAUGAUCCCGCAUUCAGCUCCGAUGACCAUCUCCACCGGAUCGGCCGGACAGCUCGUCUCGGCAGGGACGGACGCGCCGUGGUCUUCCUGUUGCCGGGCAAGGAGGAGGGCUACGUUGAGAUCCUGAAGAAAUCUUACAAGGCCUCCUCCGAAGCCGACACCUCACGGAAUGUAACGCACCAGUCCGCCGAGGACGUUCUAAAGAAAGGCUUCAGCACACUAACUGGCGUGGUGUCAACCAAACGACAAGCAGCACAAGCCGACAAGAGUAAGCCGCAAGCAAAUGGGAGUGGGAAUGGGAAUGGGAAUGGCGAUGUCGGGCAUCCGGGAAACUGGGAAACGCAAGCGACUCAAUUCCAGCUCUCGAUCGAGCGCUGGGUCCUCUCGUCUCAGACCAACAAGGACCUCGCGAAACGCGCGUUCCAGAGCCACGUAAGAGCGUACGCGACCCACGUCGCCGCCGAGAGAAAGUAUUUCGACAUCAAGGACUUGCACUUGGGACAUCUGGCCAAGAGUUUCGGCCUGCGGGAUCCGCCUGGGAGAGUCAAUGUCGUGGGCCAGCGAGGAGCUGCGUCGUCGGGCCAGGGCCAGGCACGGAAACGAACGUGGAAUGGCGGCGAGAAAGCGGCCGUGGAUGAGACGGAUAACCCAGACGAUGCGGCGAGGAAGAUGAGGGAGAAAGUCCGCAAGGCCAACAAGAUGAUGAUGGGCGGAGGCGCCGACGAGUUUAAUAUUGCUUGAGUCUCCCAAGUAGUUUCUCGUCAGACCUGAUUUGGAUGCUGUUUGUGCUUGUCGAUGGAGCGAGCGAAGACCGACGAGCGAAGAGCGAAGAACGGCUUUUGGGCCAAGUCACUUUGUACCAAGUCUGGUCUGGAUGGUUGGAUUUUGACUUCACAGCCUACCUUAGCUAGUAUGCAAGGCACGCACAACACCAGAU